AUGUUAUUUUAUUUUCCAAGUUUUUCAGCCGUUACAAACAAGAGAGACAAACGUCAGGCGUGCCAAUCAACUUCAGAAGCGCGGCCCCGAGCGCUCUGGGACCCAAACCCGGGACCCACGCCAACCGGCCGCAGCCAGACCCGCCCGGGCCGGCCGCGCCCCCUUGUCCGCCGCCGCCCCUCAGGCUGCAGCACUGCGCCUAGCUCGCCCCGGCCCUCCGGCCGAGCAACAGCCUCCGCCCGACUUCGGUAUUCCCUCACCGCGCUCACAGGCCAGCCGCCGCCGCGGGCUAUCUUGCUGCCCUCCGCCCUGCCCGCGGCGAAGCCCCGUGUCACUCCCAAGCCGAGCGGGCGGGAGGCGGAGGCGGGGCAGCGCCGACGCGAGGCGGGAGGAGCCAGGGGCGGAGCAGCCCCUCGGCUAAUCAUUCCGGCCUCUCCGGAUUUACCCGGCCCUCCGGCAGCCGCUCCUCAAGGGCCGCUUAGCCCCGAAGCCCCGCCCCCGGCAUGCCUGCGCAGCCGCAGUACCCUCAGCUCCGGGCUGAGAACCGGGUCCGAGCCAGCCUGGACCCUCAGCUCUGGCUGUCCUGAUCUCACUGUGUCGGCCAGGCUACCCUGGAGCUCACAGAGAUCCACUGAAACUAAAGGUGUCUGCCGCUAUGCCUGGUGGAGUGGAGUGACAGAAACACAUGUCACGGUAUGUGUUCCUGAUUACAUAGUAACCAUCAGAUCCUCUGCUCUUCUCUCCUUGCCCUCACACAACAGAAAUUGA